AAUCAAGUAAGUUUUGCUGAAUUUUAUUACUUUUUUUUGAGAGAAUCUGUGAAGUUGCAAAUUCCCAAGUUCCUCCUGUCUAAGAAGUCCCUCCUACCAUGUCCGUAAGCGAUGUGUUCAGUCCCAUUGAAAUGCCCGAAUCUCCCGAGGAAGUGCAAGAAUUUGUUGAUGAAAUCAAUAAGGAUUUGUUGCGUAAAGUAGUUCCAUCUAUGCUGUCCCUGAGUAUGAAUCCCCGUACCCUGGGUGGUGGGAUGAGCAUUCCGGAAGAGGAUCAGAAUCUUCAGCAGAUGCUAGAUGAACAGAAUAUCAGGGUAAAUCACCUCAAGAUGCAGCUGAAGAAAGCUUUGAAUGCGCGUGGAAGUUGCGAAGAGGCUGUUGUCCAGGAGCUUCGGAAGGAGUUGGAAAGAGAAGUUUGGAAACUUAACAGCUUAGUCGAUCACAUUGUGAAGCACAAUCGAGUUCUGCACGUCAAGGAGACCUUCAAUCUUGCCACAGAGCCAUCAGAGGAUAACUUUGAAAAGUGUUCAGAAGAGAAAACCUUUAGAAGAGAAGCAUCUGGAGGAUGUGCAGAUGAGGAUUUCAAGGAUCGUGUCAUUGAUUGCCUCAAGACAAAGGUGAAGCAACUGGAGUGUAAAGGAAAGGGCAAAAAGUUCACGAAGAAGAUGAAAAAAAGCUCCACGACGGAUUCCAAUGAUUGUCAGCAGCUGAUCAAUGAUUUGGGGAAGCGCGAGAGGGAUGUGAAUAUGAUGGAAAUGGGAAUUGAUUGCAUGACUAAGAAGCUGCAAAAGUUGCGGGAUGUUGCCUGUGCCUAUCGUCCAAGCAAGGGGAAAAUCAAAGCUUUUGAAACCAGGAGCAAGGAUAAAGCUUUUGAGAGCAAAAACUACCAGGAUAUCGUUGCGAAUCUCGCCAAGAAGAACAAGGAAGUGCAGGAUUUGUCAAUGAAGCUGCGUGUGCAGAAGUAUGAUGAGAAACCCGCUGCUGAGAAUGCCUUCCUCAAGGAGAUGAUUCAGAAGAUGAACGGAGAGAUUUUUACCCUGAAAACCAUUGUCCGGGAGCAGAAUUCUCACAUCAAGGUGUACCAGGAGAAGUAUAUAAAUACCCAGCAGAUUUCCGAUGAACGCCACACAUUGAUGCGAAAGAUGCAGCAGAAAGCUGAUCAAAUGGAGGAAUCAAUUCGCUGUGAAAUCACCCGGAUUCGCCGGGAUUUCCAAAUGCAACUCCAGCAGCUCAAUCAGCAAAUCAAGAAGCUCACCUGCGAGAGAGAUCGCCUCAAGGAAGAGUGCAAGAAGAAGCGCAUACAGCAGGAGAAUCUCACAACAGUCCUCCCGGAAUUGGAGCGUCUGCAGCGUGAAGAGAAAGUCUGGCAGCGAGAGAAGAAGAAGAAUCUCCCAGGAGUGAUUUGUGAGCUUCAAGAGGAACUCCAGUGCCUCACGUAUAAAUUCAAUAAACUCUUCUGCGAGAAGGACACCAUCCAGGAGAAGCUGGCUGAGACAGAAGGAGAGCUGGAGCGUCUUCGUUCGGACACAGUGGAGAUCAUUCGGAAUACCAAAGUUGCCUGUGAGGAAGUCAACAAAUCCCUACGGCAGGAAUUGUCGGAUAUGGAGAAACUUCUUGCUCAGUGCAGGGCUGAUGCCAAGAUUGCUCUCAAUGAUCGUGAACAGUGUAUUGCAUGUCUCAAAUCCCAAAUUGCCUGUCUCGAGACACAAAUCCAGGAAGCAAAGCUGCAAAUUGAGAAUGUCCGGAGUCACAUUUGCCAUGUCCAGGAUAAAGUUACCGGGGGAACAAAGACAAUCUGCAAGGGCUGCAAGACUGUUCUCUGCUGAAGAUUUCGAGCAGUUCUUCGUGAAAAUUCGGAAAAUUCUCCAUGAAAAAAUUCAAGUUUCUUGAAAAGAUUAUUUCUAAAAUAUUUAUUAAAAUAAUUUCCUGGAAAUCCUAUAAAAUCAAUAAAUCCUGUUACUUUCUCAA